GCGCAAUCACAUAAUCACAAUGGUAGAUACAGACCCCGAUCGAGAUGUAACCGCGGGGUCACCGCGACGCCAAGGAAGCAUCUCAACAGAGGAAUUAGUAAAUUUAUACGAUAACGUGGCACCUAAGGAAACAACUGCCGAACCCGUAUUGCAAGUUGAAGUACCCAAUGGAUGCUCAGGAGAUGAACGAGUGGUUGAUAUAUCUUGUAGUAAGGAUAACACCGAGGACCAGGAUGUUGCCAUUUCUCCAGAUUACACAAUGGAACAGCAAAGUGUGUCGUCCGCGGAUCACCAAACACAAGUGGAAUCGUCAGUAGUUGCCGUGGAACAGUAUGCAAUUGAAAACAAUCAACUGCCAACCUCAGAUAUCAAUGAGUUCAGAGGUAACCCGGAUUACGCACAACCGACAGAGUCCUCCGGUAGAGGGUUGCCAACGUUUGGAGAUUUUGAUAUCGGGUCAAGGAUGCUACCCGACGAUGAAAUCCUUGCACAACAAACAUUCAGAGAUGUGGCGUCGAAUUAUUUUGUCAUCAGGAAUCUACCAUCCAACAUGCCAAAUGCAACACUGAGCUUUGGAUAUGAAGAUCAGCAGCACCCACCAGUACAACCAGAAGGUGUUAUCGAUGUGGUUAACUACUACAGACCUCCAGUACAACCAGAUUACGACGAACAGAGAUAUGACCAGAUACCACGUGGCCACAAAAGCAAGCGUGCAGGAUCGAUUAUCAGUAACACCGGAGGGGAUACCACCGCGUCGUCAUACGGCAGGGCUACGGAUAACGAAGAGUCACCCCGAGUUUUUAGUAAUACGUCCACGCCGUCAUCAGAAAUGCGUAACGAUGAUUAUAGACCACGACGUAAGGCACCCGUGAUAGAUGAUGCCUCGGAGUAUACCGCUGAAAGCCCAGAUGCAACAACUAAGAGUGGGUUGUUCGAAGUACCGGUAAAGGUAUGCGCAUUGCCAAGAAUUAUCGACCCUUUCAAAGGAUUCUCUAAAGUGUGUACACCAAGAGCUAUCAAAAUGCUGCAUUUUGUACGCAACGGAACAAGGACACAGUGUAGCAUAGAAAAGAAUGCAGCCACACUGCUGCAGACACAUAUCAAAGACCUGAAAGUUGUAUGCAUAAGUAUAUGCGGUGAUGCAAGAACUGGGAAAAGCUACCUAGCGAGCAUGCUAGUGAAUAAACCGGUAAACUCAUUCCAAUGCGCUGAACCUUAUGCACCUAGCCAUAUCAUGAACCAAUUCAACCCACCAGCUGAGGGUACUGUAUGGGCAUACGUUGGAGUGUACCAAGAAAAAUAUGCAUACAUAUACCUAGAUUUCACAGGAUUUGAAAAUAAUCAAGAAGAUCGCAUACAAAUGACACAAUUCGCAAUGCUACUUAGCAAUUGCGUCAUAUGCAGUAUUGCAAACCCACCAAGAAUGGGAAUAUAUGACGCUGUCAAAGCUAUGAUCAAUGUAACAGAUAACAUGCAACAUAACAACGAAAGUGAUAUGUUGCAAAUGAAUCAAACAAUCGAAGAUUUCAGAAGGAAAGCAACCCUGGAUAGAGAUAAGUCAAAGACAUUCGAUCUCAAGGAAACACCAACAGAUGAUGCCAAUGAAGAACGAAUUGAGCAGAGUAAAACGGAUAUCUGGAAAGCACCCAUCAUAUACUUCGUGUUCAGAGAUAGCGAUGGACACGUAAAAUGCCUAGAUGAACGUAUAUUUACACCAGAAACACUAGUUGAACAGGGAAUAUUUGAUCACUAUACCAACAUUUUCAACUAUAAUCGCAAAGAAGGUGUAUUCGAUUUCAGAAAUAGGAUGCUGGAUGCCUUUGAAGUGUUCCUUAACAGGAAGUAUACCACAUUGCCAUGCCCAGUGACGCAAGAAAGCAACCCACUCAAAACGCAAAUGUCACCAGCAGCCAAUGCUGCAAACGCACUCAAAAGAAUGUUUGCAACACUGCUGGCACCGGCAAACGCGAAUAUCAUGCUAACUGAUAUCAGUGAGUGUACGCCGACAUCACUCCUAACAGAAGAGAUGACAUCAGGACAACCAUGUAUGACAGCAAUACCAAAUCAUAUGCUUAACCCACGCUUCUGCGAAAAGCUAGAUGAAGUCAAAGUAUGCAUAUACCAUGAUACGCUGGCACACACGCAGUCGGAAAUGCAAUUGAAUGGGCAAAUGUUCGCCAACUACCUCAUGCUGCUUGUUAACCACUAUAAUAAUAAAGGAUACGUCACAGUAAAAGAUGCAACCAAUAUACUAGAAGAGGUACUCUCCAAGCAAAAUGAAGAGGUUAGCAAAGCAGUCAUGGUACACUUCUUCAAGGGGCUCAAAGACCAUGUAGUCAUGCAGUUGCCAAUGGAACCUAGAAUACUACUGUCCAAGUGCAUGAAACUUAAAUUGAAAAGCUUACAGAAAUUCCAAACACAAGCUAUAGGAACGCAAGCACACUAUGCAGAACAAUACGCAAACCUAGAAAAAUCAUUGGAUAACCUUAUAGCCAAACUGGAAACCAGGAAUGACAAGAUAGCCAUAGAUACAGCAACUGCAAUGUUCGAAAAAUGCACAGAGACACUAAAUGAAAAAAUUGCAAUGGAAAGCUACACCUACGAAAAACUACUAGUGGAUAUCGCGAAAAUGAGAAAGAUGUUCCUGCAAAAGUUCAAAGGACAUAGCCAAGUCACAGAAAGGGUGUUCCCACAAUUAUCGCAGCAACUAUAUCGCAAAUUUGAUGAAUUCCACCCCAAAGCGAAUGCACCAGAUAUCAACGAAAUAGCAAAGCAAUACGGUGACCAGUGAGACCGCAAAACAGACCAUAU